AUGUCCUCCUAUCGUGACGAGCAUGGUGGUAGGUCUACCAAGAGGAAACUUCAACGUCACCAUGCUAGAUCUUACACUGCAUCUUACAUCUCUUCUGAACCCCAGUCCGAUUCUUUUCACAGAGGCCAUGUUGGGAACCUUCUUUUUGGCAGACAAAAGACGACAAAGACCGAAGAACUAAUCCGUGUUCGACGUAAACAGAAGAAACCAUAUUCAGCAGUUACUGUCGCCAUCGAACGUCUCACGAGCGAACAGUAUGAAGAUGAUGAUUUUGGUGGUAUUCCAGAGUUGGUGGAGGUGAUCAAAAUUCAAUCUACCGGUCCUACAGAAGCAUCUAGAGCUAUCCGAAAGAAGCUCAAGUAUGGCAAUGUACAUCGUCAAAUACGGGCUUUAGAGAUCCUGGAUGGCCUAAUUCAAAAUGCCGGUGGAAGAUUCCAACGUACUUUUGCCGAUGAAGCCUUACUCGAGCGUCUACGUAUCUGCGGUACCUCGGAUCUCUCAGAUCCUGCAGUAAAGGCUAAAUGCAAAGAAUUGUUCAAAAACUGGUCUGCUGAAUACGCAGAGGUUAGUGGAAUGGAAGAGGUUCGCGCUCUCUACAAGCAAUUACCUCGUACUAAGAAGGUUGUCACCCAAGACAGAUCGAAAGUUCUCCGCGAAACCGAGGAAAAUCCCUUCCAUGAUGAUGAGCUUGAAGAGUCCCCUUCUUCACCGGGUCCAUCUACACCUGGUCCUUCUCAAGCUGGAUCUUCGCACUCGAGACAGAGUUCUUUAACAACAUCCACCAGAGACCGAGCAUCCUCGAUAUUAUCUUCGUCCACUAGAAAGUCUAAGAAGGAUAAAGAAAAGGACAAGAAGAAGAAGAAGCACAAGCCGUUCAACCUGGAAGCCGAGAAAGAGACAAUGAAGGCUGCCAUCGCAGAGUCAGCCGUUGCCUCCACAAACCUUUUGAACGCAUUGAGACAUAUCAAUCGUGAGAAAGAACGAAUUUCCGAAAACAAAACAGCUCUGCAGCAUUUUGAUAGCUGUAAACUUCUCCGAAGAAAGAUUCUCCGAUAUAUCCAACAUGUUGAAGCCGAAGAAUGGCUUGGAGGACUUCUUCACGCAAACGAUGAAUUGGUCAAUGCAUUGAUGACAUUUGAACAGCUUGAUAGAUCAAUCGAUGCUGAUAGUGAUUCUGAUGAUGACAUGGCUGAGCAAGCUCAUCUUUACAAAAUGGCGGAGCGAAGUAAUGCCGACCGCAGAAAUAGUGAUGCAACGACACAGCAACUCGCCGGUCUUUCCAUUGGUACUAAGAGCCCACUCAGCCCAACCAGAACCUCCCAUCGCCCUGCACCACCUACUCCCCAGAGAUCAGCUCGUCCUCCAGCACCUGAAUCAGAGGACGAGGAAGAGGAUGAGGAUGAUCCCUUCGCUGAUCGUAAUGCUCUUGACUGA